AUGGCGCCCACCAAGCCAAGCUUUCAGCAGGAUCCUUCCAGGCGAGAACGUUUACAAGCUUUGAGGAAGGAAAAGUCCCGAGAUGCUGCUCGCUCUCGCCGGGGAAAGGAGAAUUUUGAAUUCUACGAGUUGGCAAAGUUGUUGCCACUGCCUGCAGCCAUUACCAGCCAGCUUGACAAGGCAUCCAUCAUCCGACUUACAAUUAGCUAUCUGAAAAUGAGGGACUUUGCUAAUCAAGGCGAUCCUCCAUGGAACUUGAGAAUGGAAGGACCUCCACCUAAUACAUCAGUAAAAGGGAUACAAAUGUGGAAAUCUGAGGUCUGCAUGAGAAAGACACCAUGUGAAGUUAUAGGUGCCCAGCGCAGGAGAAGUCCCAGUGCCCUUGCCAUUGAAGUAUUUGAAUCACAUUUGGGAAGUCAUAUUUUACAGUCCCUGGAUGGAUUUGUAUUUGCACUAAAUCAAGAAGGAAAAUUUUUGUACAUUUCAGAAACUGUCUCCAUCUAUUUAGGCCUGUCCCAAGUGGAACUGACAGGCAGCAGUGUGUUUGACUACGUCCACCCAGGAGACCAUGUGGAGAUGGCAGAGCAGCUGGGCAUGAAGCUUCCCCCGGGGCGAGGCCUUCUCUCACAGGGUACAGCAGAGGAUGGAGCCAGCUCAGCAUCCUCAUCUUCCCAGUCCGAGACCCCUGAGCCAGUGGAAUCUACAAGCCCCAGUUUACUAACCACUGACAACACUCUAGAGCGCUCUUUUUUCAUCCGAAUGAAAUCUACACUGACCAAGCGAGGAGUGCACAUCAAAUCGUCAGGAUACAAGGUGAUUCAUAUAACAGGCCGGUUACGUCUGAGAGUGUCACUGUCCCACGGACGGACAGUACCCAGCCAAAUCAUGGGACUUGUUGUCGUUGCUCAUGCUUUGCCACCUCCUACAAUUAAUGAAGUCAGGAUUGACUGCCACAUGUUUGUCACUCGUGUGAAUAUGGACCUCAAUAUCAUUUACUGUGAAAAUAGGAUCAGCGAUUACAUGGAUCUGACCCCUGUAGAUAUCGUAGGAAAGAGAUGUUACCACUUCAUUCAUGCUGAAGAUGUGGAAGGCAUCAGACAUAGUCACUUAGACUUGUUGAAUAAGGGUCAAUGUGUAACAAAGUAUUACCGCUGGAUGCAGAAGAAUGGAGGUUACAUCUGGAUACAGUCUAGUGCAACCAUAGCUGUCAAUGCCAAGAAUGCAAGUGAGAAGAAUAUCAUCUGGGUCAAUUACCUUCUUAGUAACCCAGAGUACAAGGACACUCCAAUGGAUAUUGCACAACUUCCCCAUCUGCCAGAGAAAACCUCAGAAUCCUCAGAGACCUCUGACUCUGAAUCGGACUCAAAGGACAACUCAGGUAACACACAUGAGGACAAUGAGAACUCAAAGUCAGAUGAGAAAGGAAACCAGUCAGAAAACAGUGAAGACCCUGAAUCCGACAGGAAAAAGUCAGGAAAUCAGUCAGAUAACGAAAUGAACUGUAAUGAUGAUGGGAACAGCUCCAGCAACCAGGACAGCAGGGACAGUGAUGACAGCUUUGAAAACUCUGACUUCGAGAAUCAAAAGGCCCCUGAGGACAGUUUCGGCACUCUUGGCUCUAUGCAGAUCAAGGUGGAGCGCUAUGUUGAAAGUGAGUCAGACUUGCGGUUGCAGAACUGUGAAUCACUGACCUCGGACAGUGCCAAGGACUCAGACAGUGCAGGGGAAGUAAAUGCCCAGUCUUCCAGCAAACAUCAAAAGAGGAAGAAGAGGAGAAAAAAGCAAAAGGGAGGCAGCAUGUCCCGGAGAAGGCUGUCAAGCACCUCAAGUCCAAAUGGACUUGACUCAGCUUUGGUGGACCAGCCCCAGCUGCUCUCGUCGCCAAACAGUGCCUCAGUGCUCAAAAUUAAAACAGAAAUCUCAGAACCUAUCAAUUUUGAUAAUGAUAGCAGUAUUUGGAAUUACCCACCCAACAGGGAAAUCUCAAGGAAUGAAUCACCCUACAGUAUGACCAAGCCCCCCAGCUCCGAGCACUUCCCUUCCCCCCAAGCCAGCAGUAGUUUACACGUCUCCAUUCCAGACUCCGUUCUCACCCCACCAGGGACUGAAAAUACUGCCAGCCGUAAAACUCAGUUCAGCACCUCAUCCAACUCGGCCUUGGCUCCUGUGUCCUCUGACCCUUUGUCACCCCCACUUUCAGCAUCUCCACGGGACAAACAUCCAGGAGGUCCCACAACUUCCAACUCUUUGUUGUACACUGGGGAUCUGGAAGCCCUUCAGAGGUUACAAGCAGGCAAUGUGGUGCUUCCUUUGGUUCACAGGGUAACGGGAACCCUUGCUGCGACCAGCACUGCUGCUCAGAGGGUCUACACCACUGGCACUAUUCGGUAUGCUCCAGCUGAAGUUACUUUAGCCAUGCAGGGCAACCUCCUCCCCAACACCCAUGCUGUUAACUUUGUUGAUGUUAACAGCCCCAGCUUUGGGCUGGAUCCUAAAACACCGAUGGAAAUGCUCUACCACCACGUUCACCGACUCAAUAUGUCGGGACCAUUUGGAAGUGCUGUGAGCGGGGCCAGUCUGACCCAAAUGCCUGCAGGGAAUGUGUUCACAACUGCCGAAGGACUUUUUUCCACUCUUCCAUUUCCUGUGUACAGCAAUGGCAUUCACACUACACAGACUCUGGAACGGAAAGAGGAUUGA